AUGUCGGAACACGUUCCUAUCGAUUACCAGCAACUAAGCGACACCCUUCAAACCUUCUUUCAAGAACACCCACAGGUUGAUAACACUGUCGGAAUAGCAGCUUAUGCAGUUCUUCAACGGGCCCAACAUGGUCUUGCUCAGUAUGCUACGGACUUACAGGAGGUGGAGAGGGAGGCUGGAAAUGCAAGAGAGAUGUUUGAGCGAGACCUUGUUCCUGCUCGAGCUCAACGGGUCGCUGUGGAAGUGAUUGCCCCUGAUGAAGAACCAAUUGGUGGCGAUGAUGCCCCACCUGUGUCUCCAGUAACACUUGUCACGACUACUACCCAACGGUCGGAAAAGCUCCCAGUGUAA